AUGGACCGAGUUAGGUCCCAAGCGUCGUCUGCUCGGUCUAAGCCGCUGUCUAUAGUGCCAAGAUUGAAACGGCGGGGUUUCCUUGCGCAGUUGACUUUGAUCCCAGAGGUCGAGCGACCCUACGAUUAUCCAAACAAAGUGAAAUGGACAAUAACAGUUUUCAUAGCCUUGGCGGCUUGUGCAGCGCCAAUGGGGUCUGCCAUCUUUUAUCCUGCUCUUCCGGACAUGUCAAAGGACCUCGGUGCCUCACCAACAGUCGUAAACUUGACGGUAGCAUUAUACAUGUUAGCAAUGUCGAUCUUCCCGCUCUGGUGGAGUUCUUUCUCCGAAACCCUAGGACGUCGUAAUAUCUAUCUCUCGUCCUUCUUCUUAAACAUUGUCUUCUCGCUCCUGAGCGGCCUAAGUGUCAAUAUUGGCAUGCUGAUUGUGUUUCGUAUCCUAUCGGGUGGUGCUGCCGCCUCCGUCCAAGCUGUCGGUGCCGGCACAAUCGCUGAUUGCUGGGAACCCCGGGAACGCGGCCGCGCUAUGGGAUAUUUCUACCUUGGACCGCUCAUGGGACCCCUCUUGGCCCCGAUCAUAGGCGGUGCUCUCACAGAAGGGUUUGGCUGGAGGAGUACCGUAUGGUUCCUAACUGCUUAUGGCGCUGUCGUUUUCGUCCUUGUCUUGUUCUGUGUCCCGGAGACCUUGGCGAAGCGUAAGCCUAUGGCUGCAGCCGAACCAUCGCACCCUGACGGCCUGUCGCGCGUUUCUACUACACGCUCCGUGCAGGUGCACACUAAACAGGCAUUCGUGCAGUUAAAGAAGUGCUUUGUCGAUCCGCUUGAGAUAAUCAUGUAUUUGCGUUUCCCCGCUGUGGCAAUUACAGUGUAUUAUGCUGCCAUCACUUUUGGGUCGUUAUACGUACUUAACAUAGCCAUUCAAUCGGCAUUCUCGUCAGCUCCGUAUGGUUACUCAGCUAUCAUCAUAGGGCUUUUGUACCUGCCAAGCUCGCUAGGUUACUUCGCAGCGUCGCUGCUUGGCGGGCGAUGGAUCGACCGGAUCAUGGUCCGAGCAGCGGAGAAGGCCCAAAGAUACGACGCCAAUGGGAAGCUCAUCUAUCUGCCAGAGGAUCGUAUGCGCGAAAACGCAUGGAUCUCCGCCACACUGUAUCCUGGAGCAUUAAUCUGGUCCGGCUGGACGAUACAGUAUGGAAUUCACUGGAUGGCACCAUCUGUAGCUAACUUCUUUUUCGGCGUCGGUAGUAUGCUUGUUUUCAGUGCUGCUACCACUAUGCUCACCGAAUUCAUGCCGCAGAGAAGUAGUAACGGUGUUGCUCUUAAUAACUUCGUGCGAAAUAUAUUCAGCUGCGUGGGUGGUAUAGUAGGCCAACCUCUCAUCAAUGCUAUGGGCAUUGGAUGGCUGAUGACUAUGGUCGGCUUGAUCGCCUGGCUAAGCGGCAACUUGUCAAUCUGGUUCCUGCGAAAGAACAGUCGGAAAUGGAGGGAACAAAUGGACAAGGCUCUAAGUAAAUGA